AUGCCCGACACCAUCGAGCUCGCUCACUACCUCUUCACCAGACUUCGCCAGCUGGGCGUCGGAUCUGUCCACGGCGUUCCCGGCGACUACAAUCUCACCCUACUGGACUACGUCGAACCAUCCGGAUUGAAUUGGGUCGGCAACGCCAACGAGCUCAACGCCGGAUAUGCCGCCGAUGGCUACGCUCGUGUCAAAGGCGUCGGUGCCCUGAUCACCACCUUCGGCGUGGGCGAGCUGUCCGCCAUCAAUGCCAUUGCCGGCGCUUACACGGAGCUUGCCAAAGUCAUCCAUAUCGUUGGGACUCCGCGCCGGCAGCAGCAGGAAUCGAGGUCACACAUCCACCACACCAUGCUCGACGGAGAAUAUGGCCACUUUGCGAGAAUGGCCGAGCAUGUCACCACGGCGCAAGCCAAUCUGCUGGACCCGCGGACUGCUCCUCAGCUCAUCGACGAUGCCAUCCAGCAAUGUCUGAUUCACAGUCGUCCGGUAUACAUUCAAAUCCCUGUGGAUAUGGUAGCUGCCGAAGUGUCAUCCGAAAGGCUGAGGUCGCCGAUUACGAUCCCUUCCUCCAUCUCUGCCGGCGAAGCGGAGAAGGCCAUAGCGCUCGUUGCAGAGCGUGCUCAAGCUUCUCAACGGCCCAUGAUCUUGGUAGACGGCGAGAGCGGGCCAUAUGGCAUCCUCAACGAGGUCCACGAGUUCAUCAAGCAGAGCGGAUGGCCGACUUGGAUCACCAGCUUCGCGAAGGGGACCAUCGACGAGACCCUUCCCAACGUGCAUGGUGUCUGGCAAGGCGCCUACUCCCCUCCAGAGGAGCAGGACUACAUCGGCUCCGCAGACCUUGUCCUCUGCUUCGGACCUCACUUCAGCAACACGAACACCUACCUCUACACCACCAUCCCCAAAUCGGAAACCACCAUCUACUUCAAGGCCACCUCGGUCGACGCCGGCGACCAAGUCUUUCGAGACCUGCCUGCGAAACCCUUCCUGAUCUCCCUCCUCGGCAAACUCGACCUCUCGCUCUACCAAGAAAAGGCCUCGGCCUUCACGCCUCCCCCCAAAGAACCCUUCACCAAACCGUCUCCAGACCUCCCCAUCUCGCAAUCCAAAUUCUACCAAAUGCUCGGCUCCCGCGUGCCCCGGCCCGGAGACAUCAUCAUGGGCGAGACAGGCACUCCCGGCUACGGCGUCCGCGACAUGUCCCUCCCGCCCAACGUCCUCUGCUUCAACCCCAUCACCUGGCUCUCGAUCGGCUACAUGCUGCCCGCCGCGCAAGGCGCCGCCCUUGCCCAGCGGGAGCUCCACAACGCCACGGCUUCCACCUCCCCCCGGCCCACCACCCUCCCGCGCACCAUCCUCAUCAUCGGCGACGGCUCCUUCCAGAUGACCUGCCAAGAACUCUCCACCAUCAUCGCCAAGAAACUCAACGUCCUCAUCUUCGUUCUGAAUAAUCAGGGUUACACCAUCGAGCGCUGCUUGCAUGGCCACGAUGCUCACUACAACGACAUUCCGGCGUGGAAUUAUCUGGAUGCUCCCGCUUUCUUCGGCGCGCAGACGGGUCCCGAGGGCAAGGGGGUUUACGGGGCUGUCACGAGGAAAGCGAGGACGUGGCGGGAGUUGGACAAUGCGUUGAAAGCGGUGGCGGAGGAGGGUAGCUUGUUGAAGCAGAGUAUGUUGCGGAUGGUGGAGGUGGUCAUGGACAAGGAGGAUGCACCCAAGGCUCUGAAGGAUAUCUUGGAAGCGACCAAGGGUGUUGCGCUGAGGGAGAGGAGUGGCCAGACUGGUUAG